AUGUUUUAUGACUGCAUAUUUGAAGUCACAGUUUUAAAUGAUAAUUCCAUGAUGCAAAAAUGGGAAUCCUGCUUUAAAAACUUCAGUGAAGCCUGGAGAAAUGCAGAGCAACACACCAGAAAGCCUCAACACAAGCACCUGGAGAAAGAUCAUUCUGCUGGUUUAUAUAUGUACACAAAAUCUAUGUUGCAACCUGUAAACCUCAACUUCAAGUCUGCAAAUAGAACUGGAGAACCAAAGGAGACAUUUGAGUCACGCUCACUUUAUUAUUUUCUAACUGAAGGCAUUCAGAUUUUAAAACACAGCCAGGUGACAUGUGUUAGUACACAUUUUCAAGCAGAGACACUUUUACAUCUGAACAUCUCUAACAAACAGGUUCGGUUUAGCACCUUCAUGUUAGGCUCUGAUGAGUGGGACUUUGCAAGGAACAUCUCAUGUUUUGAGGUGCAAACGUGCUUUGGCGCUGACAUAACAUAUUACUCUGCCCUGAAAAAAACUAAUCAGGUGCUAAUUCCCCCAUAUGAGAUUUUCAAAGUCACUGACAUCCAGACAGAAACAAAGGAAUGCAGAAUCAGCUAUAGACUCACAAGCAAUAUGAACUGUGUUUAUAGCAAAGAAAGCAAUAUGUUGCAUCCAAUAUCUGCUUUGGCAGUAGAUGGAUUUUGGGUCAUUUUUACUAUUAUUUGUAUUGUUCUAAUUUGUCUUUUGUUGUCUUUUGUUUUGGUGAAAGUGUACCAUAAGACCAAUGCUGUUUAUGGUUCUUCCUUUCCAUUAGGCUGA